AUGGGCCCGCCGGACUCCCCUUACGCCGGUGGGGUGUUUUUCCUUUCCAUCCACUUCCCCACCGACUACCCGUUCAAGCCGCCCAAGAUCGCGUUCACCACCAAGAUCUACCACCCCAAUAUCAACACCAACGGUAACAUCUGUUUGGACAUCUUAAAAGACCAAUGGUCGCCCGCAUUGACCAUUUCCAAGGUGUUGUUAUCGAUCUGUUCUCUUUUGACCGACGCCAAUCCCGACGAUCCUUUGGUGCCCGAAAUCGCCCACAUCUACAAGCAAGACCGGGCCAAGUACGAGGCUACCGCCAAGGAGUGGACCAAGAAGUACGCCGUGUGA